AUGCGACGCCCUGAAUCAGACGAUCACCGUGGAUUCGUCAAAAAACAUCCGCAAAAUCUGUCAACACCUCAGUCUCAGCACACAGCUCGAAACACCUUGACAUUCACACCACAAGAAUCCUUCAAUGUCCAGUUCCGAUACUGGCGGACAGGUCCACCAAGAUUCUUCACGGCAUUCUGGAAAGGCAUGGCAGCAAGUUCUACAAAGAAAGGAUGGUUGACAUCGCUGGUUCCUCCAGCGACUGCUCGCGCCAGAACAACAUGCCGAUUCAUCAAUGCCAGACCCAUCACUUACCUCACGGUUCCUCAAAUCUCCUUCGCAUCAAACAUUCGUCGUAAACCAGAAAAGGCUGUCUAUUUGAGCACUAACGUCGAAAGUCAACGAGUCCCUGUCCGAAGUUCAACUGGGACCUCGUUGGAAGACCAUAGCAACAGAGCCUUACUUGAGCUCGCCAACAACAUCAGCACACUCAGCCUCAACGUGUCCUCUGACGGCAUUGCUUACGAAGUUAUUGGUGACCACACCUCGUCACAAGGCACCUCUUCCAGAAUCCAAGGCCUAGACACGGCUUCUACAGACCGGAAUACCCAGCAGCAAUCCUACCAUGGCCCUAUCCACUUUCACCGCAGAUCCCACAAGAACAUUCACAGUCACAAUAUUCUUUCCGAUCCAUCGCCAUUGACUUCUGACUGUCGAAAGUACGCCAUUCCAAAACCUCACUCACAUCCUCCCGAGCCUCUCAAAAUCGCCCCAGACCCGAGAGCGCACAUCCGACCCUCCACACCCGAGCCCAUCAGUCCAACAACGAUCAAAACUCGUCUUGCAAAACUCGUCGACGAUCAGAACUGGGAUACUGAUUGUGCGGAGCGCGAGCGCCGGAACCCUUUCCCACAUCUCGAUCAGAAUUCUGGCUGGAAUAGAGCUUUUUGUGCUGUCAAGAUGUACUUCUCCAGCGAGUGGACACCCUAUGACAACGACGGCACUCUUAAAGGCGCGCUUGAAGAAAUGACUCACAUCAAGCGGUGCUUCGCCAGAUUCAGUUUGAGGGCUCAGCGAGAGGCAAUGGUGUUCGAUGAAGAGGAUCUGCGUGGAGAGAACGGCUGGGGAAGAGUCUUCGAUGUGGUGUUCAGAGGGGAAGGUGUGGGACUAUGCUGGGCUCGAAGUCCUGGGAGCUGGCAUGCUGUCAAGCCUGGUCUUCUGACAUGUUGUAGGAGUGUUUCGUUCUAUGACGAGGUGUUGGAUCGGACAGAGGGCAUUCGUGAGAGAGUACGAGCUUGGAGAGCGCUGCAGGCCUCAUUCUCUAAGCGGAGAUUCGAAACCCUCUGGCCAGGUUACCAGGAUAAGGAGAGAUUCCAGAGAACUUGGUUGGGCUGGAAAGCGACAUCAGGACUUUACGACUCUGAGACAGGAGUGAAGAGAGUCCGUCUACGUGGGCGAGAGCCAGAGAAAAUCGCAAGUGAGAAGUGGUGUGCUAGGCGAAGAGAGCAAGAGAAGAAGGCCGGUCGUUGGCUAGACGGUACGAUUCGGCAGGAUCGCCUGUGGGCUGAGUUCCACUGGGUACUGAAUGAGGAUGAUCCGAGACAGCAUAUGUGGCCCGGAUAUUAUCGAUACUACUACAGAAAUGGUUUAAGGUACUGGUAUCGGAUUUAG